CGGAGGCGGACUAACAGUAACCGAGCUAGAGCAGAUUGCUCACUCCGUACAUCUCUCUCUAUAUAUUCAUUCCUACCUACCUACCAACACUAGAUACAUAUUGUAUCUAGAGGUAGAUUUCACCACAGUUCCGUCGGAAGCGAGAAGGAAAUCGACUUUGGGAGUCGAGCACGAUACUCUAGCGGUAGUAGAAGAGUAUUGGAGGAACGGCACGACGAGAAAGAAGUAAAGGCAUUGCGUGGAUUGUGACUGCGACUGCUACUUCUCUACAGCAACUACUACUACUGCUGGAGAAGAAAGACGUACUUAUCCGUUUGCGGGGAUUGGUCAAGUUUCGGACUGUAGUUUGGGACUCGUAAAACACCAUGCGGUCUGGGCUACUCACAUUGUUCGGUUGCGCGGCAGUGUCCGACCAUGUCUCAGCGUUUGUCCCGCAAUCACGUCUCCUGCCCGUCAGCUACAGCUCUCACGGAGUGACUCCACUACCGCGUAGCUUGGCCUUACAGGCAACGGCCGACAACGGCGGUGGCUCGGGACUGGGCAACGCCAUUCGCCGGAUGAUGGAAACACCAAUUCCGGGCACGGACAAGGUCGCCGCCACCGCGUCAACGCCAACCACGCCCGUAGUCGUUCCCGGCGUACCCGUGAACGUUCCCGAUUGGUCCCAGACGCUGAACGACGCCGUAACAACCGCAGCAACGACGGCCACAAAAUCGUCGCCGACACCCACCAGCAUCCCCGCGGACGCCGUCGGUACCAAUCUCAACGUGUGGAAAUCCUACCUGGCGCCCAAUACGGCGGAUCUGGCCUUGCCGGACAGGGCAGCCUUGCAAGCGGGCGCGGAUCAAAUCGUGACAUCGGUACAGUCCAUCCCAGUGGACAAGUUGAAUCAAGCCGCGUCGGAUAUUGCCAACGUCUUGUCUACCGAAGGUUGGUCCACUGCGGAUAUCACCCAAGCUCUCAACAUUGACGAACUAGGAGUGUGGUACGCCGGAGCGCUCGGGGCGGGCAUUCUGUUGGCGGCGGGGCGCAACUCGACUUUCACCAAGGCAACAGCUCCCCCUCCUCCGCCCCCACCACCCAAACGCACGUUUCCCGAUCCACCCAAACUACCCCCCUUGCCCAAUCUCCCGCUACCGGAAAACGUACCGGUCCCCGUAGUCGCCACCGCGGGUGGCAUUGGGGCACUCACCUUCGCCUCACUUUUGGGGUUUGGGGAUUCCAUCAAGAACGCCAUCAAGUUUGCCCUCGUGCCGAACGCGGCCAUGACUGCCAGGAGUGCAGCGGCCGUGGCUGCUUCCACCAACACCCAGACAGCAUCGGUCCCACUGGCUUCCAAUCCACCGCCGCCACCCCCUCCCACCGUCACACCGGAACCCAUUAACCAAGCGAUCGAAGCGGCUUCCACAACAAUCGGGUCCAGUGCAUCUGCGGGAUUGUCCUCGUUGAAAACCUACCUCGUACCGGAUCCCAAGCUCUUGGAACUACCCGACAAGGCCGGUCUUCAAGCGACGGCGGGGAAAUUCAUCGACGCCGCCGUCGCCAUACCCCAAUCAAUUCCCGUCGACAAGUUUGGGACGGCCGCCGUCACACUCGCACGGGUGUUGCGAACGGAAGGAUGGUCCGCUGCGGACGUCACUAAUGCGCUCAACGUGGAAGAACUGGGGGUGUGGUACGCCGGUGCACUCGGCGCCGGCGUACUCUUGGCCAGUCGCAACGUCACGAACAUUGGAACGUCCGCAUCGGGACCGAAAAAACCUGCGUUUCGUCCCACCCGCGUCGUGGCUCCCGAACCCGUGCCGACACCGUUGGAGUCCCUGCAGAGUCAAGUGCGGGAAAUCAGCAAAGUCGAAAUUUCACCGGCCGCCAAAGUCACAAUUGGUACAGUCGGCGCAUUGACGUUUGCUUCUCUUGUUGGUAUGGGAGAUUCCGUCCGGUCCGCCAUCAAGUUUGCCUUGGUGCCGAACGCCAAGAAACCGGCCGUAUCGGUUCUAGCGCAAUCUGUCACGCAGGAGCCUCCAGAACCACCCAGCCUGCCGGAUCCGCCGUCCUUUUAUGCACCAGCAGUGUCUUCGGAGAUCACUGAUAAGCCGGUCACGGAACAAUUGGCUGGGAGCCUGGUGGAGUCCACCAAAGGGGUCAUGUCCGACACGGUGGACUCGUCCGUUGCUUCGUCCAGCUCCGUCCAAGCGGCCAUCGCUUCAGUACAGUCGAACUAUCAGAACGCGCUCAAUUCGAUCAAAGAGGCCCCAGGGACUUCGGGCCAAGCCUCGAAACUUUCCGAAUUUCUGAAAGAAAAAGUACCAUCCUUCAGCACAGAUUUCGGCAAACUGGAUCUGCCCAAGCCUGAUUUUAAUGUCGAUCUGAGUGGUUUCGACCUUACAACGGAACGCAUCAAGGCUUCAUUAGAAUCUAUUCCAGUCGACAAGUUGUCCAGCACGUUUGACAAUCUGGGGAAAAGCUUGCAAAAUGGCGGCUUCACCGCGCAGAGUAUUCUGGAGUCAAUGAGCUCCGCCGAGAAGGGUUGGUACUUGGCAGCUGGUAGCGUCGUGUUGGCAGCGGUCGGGGCCGGGAUUCGCAACACAUAUGAAGACCAGCUCGAAACCACCACGUUAGAGACCAAGGAAAAGCAAGCCAAUGCGAAAGAGCCUGCCAAGAUUUCUGAAGCUGAUAGUGUUGAAGACGACAUGGUCUCUCAAAUCAAGGAACUGAGUCAGAUGACAACGGCAUUAUCGAACGAGCUCAAGCAGAUUAAGACUCAAAAGUCAAAGAAGGACUACGAUGUGGCCACAAUGCAGAGCGAUGUGCGCGAACUGCAGAACGCAAUGGACGCACAAAAGAAGUCUGAAAAGGCGUUGAAAUUGCAGCUUGCGCAGACGGAAAAAAAGCUGGCGGCGGAGACCGCCCAGCUACAGCAAAAGCUAGAAGAAGCAAACAAAAAGUUCAAAGACGAGAAGGAUGCAAUGAAGAAAACAAACAAAAAGCUUCAAAAAGACUUGGAUGCAGCGCUGGCGUCAGUUGCGGCCUUAGAAGCGGAAAAGGCUGAACUACAAACACAGCUCAACGCACUAGGUAUUGAAGAAGUGGAGGCACAGCUCGCAGAGUUGGGGCUCAAUGAAGUGGCGAAAAAGCCCAAUCGAAAACAAGAACCCGAACCUGUCGUUGAGAUAGAACCAGAAUCGAAUUCAGAAGCCCAGGCAGCGACAACCACAACCAAAAGCAGCUCAUCACGUCCACAGGACACUUUCUUUGCUAAUUUUACCGAAAUUCCCUUGGACGAGCUUCCAGCAGUAGCUUCGGAGUCGACAGAGAAGAACAAAAGCUCUAAAACGAGAGCCGCUUCUAAGCAACCGCCUUCAAAGAAAACAAACAUAAAGAAAAAUUCGCCGAAGAAAUCCGCCACAAAGGGUGCCAUUAAGAAGCAAGUUGAGCAGAAGCCGGAAGAGAAAAAGGCUGAAACGAAAAAGACAGAAGCGAAAAAGGUUGAAACAAAAAAGACAGAAGCGGAAAAGUCUGAAAUGAAAAAGACAGAAACAAAAAAGAAAGAAGCGGCUGACUCUGUGGUGUCAGGCGGAUCGGAGAACUGGAACAGUUUGUCAGAAUCAACGCUGAAACGGAAAACGGUGAAGGAAUUGACUUCGUAUUUGGAAGAAAAGGGACUUACAACGACCGGAGGAGAUGGUAAAACACUGAAGAAAGCGGAUCUGGUAGCCGUCGUUCUGUCGCAAUCGUAGGAAUGUUGUAAUGGCUUCGUUUUUUUUGGCUAUAUACUGGAUCGAUGCAAUUAAAAUCGCUACCUUAAAACACGACCCAGAAGAUUACUGCGUUGCACCACCCGUUCUUAAUAUAGCGUAUGUUUGUAAGGAAACGACAUGCUGG